AUGCUAUCAAUGAGAAUAGAUGUCGGAAUGGAGAAAUGUGAAGUUAAUCUGGAUGCUGUUAAAAAUCUUUAUAUGAAUAAAGAAAAAAUAAAUGAUGAUUAUUUUGUUUAUCGAAAAGAAGAGAAUCAAAAUAUUUUGAAUCAUGAAGAUGAAGAGGAGGAUACUUAUUGGGAGGAUUGGCAUAGACGUACGAUGGAGGAGCUAAAUGAAACUGGGCAAAUUCAAGUCAACAAUAUUCAACAUUCAGAUAAAGGGAAGAAUAAAAUGGAUGAGAAUUAG